UUGUUGAAUCACAAGCCGAACCAACGUGCCUUCCAAAUAAACCGGUGACUUGACUUAGGCCACGAUCACUACUAUUUAUAUUCCACACCCACAGCUAAGCAGGACCACAUCUCCCCCAACUUCCAAGUCCAACAAAGAAAGAAAAACACUCAACAAUGGCCAAACUCAGCCUACUACUACCACUACUACUACCUGUACUUCUCACCUUCGUCGCCACUUCUCUCUCUUGUCCUGAACAUCAAAAACAAGCCCUUCUCCACUUUAAAGCCUCCAUCAUCAAUGCUACUUCUUCAACAAAAAGCACAUUGAAUCGGUUAGAUUCGUGGAAUUCCAGCUCCGAUUGUUGCCACUGGGAUGGGGUCAAUUGUAGUUCUCACUUUGGUUCCAAGACUGUGCUAGCUCUAUAUUUGGACGGUAUCAUCCCGUCGAAUUCACAGGAGCCAGUGCAGUUGCCUUCAACCAUCUUGACACCGCUCUUUCACAUUAGAAGCUUGAUGCACCUUGACUUAUCCCGCAAUUUUAUAGAAGGAGAAUUGCCACGUGAUGGCUUUGGCAAUUUGACCAAAUUAGUUCAUCUUGAUUUGAGGCUUAAUAUGUUCGAUGGCUCCAUUCCCUCUCAACUUUUUCACUUGAGGUAUCUUCAAUAUCUUGAUUUGGGAAACAAUUUUAUAGAAGGAGAAUUGCCACGUGAUGGCUUUGGCAAUUUGACCAAAUUAGUUCAUCUUGAUUUGAGGCUUAAUAUGUUCGAUGGCUCCAUUCCCUCUCAACUUUUUCACUUGAGGUAUCUUCAAUAUCUUGAUUUGGGAUACAAUUUUAUAGAAGGAGAAUUGCCACGUGAUGGCUUUGGCAAUUUGACCAAAUUAGUUCAUCUUGAUUUGAGGAGUAAUGGCUUGAUCAAUGGCUCCAUUCCCUCUCAACUUUUUCACUUGAGGUAUCUUCAAUAUCUUGAUUUGAGUACCAAUUCAUUCCAAGGAGAAUUGCCUCGUGAUGGCUUUGGCAAUUUUACCAAAUUAGUUCAUCUUAAGUUGGGUUUUAAUGACUUGAUCAAUGGCUCCAUUCCCUCUCAACUUUUUCACUUGAGGUAUCUUCAAUAUCUUGAUUUGAGUUACAAUUCAUUCAGUGGAAAUAUCCCGAACGAGAUAGGGAACGAAACAGAGUUGCAGACAUUGUCUCUUCAACACAACAAUUUCUUUGGUAAAAUUCCGUCUUCGAUUCUAAAUUUGAAUGAAUUAGAAACAUUAGACUUGAGUGACAAUUCAUUGUCAAUGGAAAUUCCUAUUGAUAUUGGCAAUCUAUCUAACAUGACUAAUUUGUUCUUGAGCAACAACAAGUUGACAGGUAGAAUCCCAUCAUCCAUACUGAAAUUAACGAAGUUGGAAAGACUUCAAUUGGACAAUAACACGCUUGUUGGAGAAAUUCCAUCCGGUUUGUCCAAUAUCGAGGGCUUGAAGAGUCUUGUGCUUGGAGGCAAUCAUCUCACUUGGAAUAAAAAUGUAACGAUAGAGCCAAAGUUUAUGCUAUUUCAGUUGUCUUUGAAGUCUUGCAGUCUUGAAGGAGAAAUUCCAAACUGGAUUUCUACACAGAAGACGCUCGAUACUCUGGACUUGAGUGAGAACCAACUAGACGGAAUGUUCCCACAAUGGCUUGCUAAAAUGGAAGUUGGAAUUAUAAUUUUGUCAGAUAACAAUCUCACAGGUUCUCUCCCUCCUUUUCUCUUCAACUCUCACAAUUUGGUUAUUCUUUCCUUAUCUCAGAACAACUUUCAUGGAGAACUACCAAGCAACAUUGGUAAUGCCACUGCACUCGAAUUUCUUAGUUUGGAUGACAACAAUUUUUCGGGGAAGCUUCCGGCAUCCAUCGGCAAUAUUCAUGCACUCUUAUCAUUAUGUUUGUCAAACAACAAAUUUUCUGGCAACACUUUGCCAGAUUUUAGGUCUAUUAAGUACCUCCAAUUCAUUGAUUUAUCUUCAAAUGAAUUCUCAGGUGAGAUUCCAACAAACUUUUCCCAUCAUACUAAAAUUCUUGCAUUGGGCAAAAAUAAUUUUUCUGGCAAUUUGUCCGGAAACCUUAUUCAUCUUAGCGAGCUUGAAUACCUAGACAUACAUGACAACAAAAUUACAGGUGAAUUGCCAAACUUUAUCUUCCAAAUCUCCACUCUUCGUACCCUAAAUUUACGAAACAACUCUCUCCUUGGUUCAAUCCCUAAUUGUAUUUACAAUCUUACUAAUAUCCAAAUUCUUGAUCUUUCAUACAAUUAUCUUGUUGGAGAAAUCCCUACAAAGUUUGGAAAUCUUGUUGGUAUGACUGGGACAACCAUCGAAUCUUCAUAUACCGAUUAUUAUGUACCUAGUGAUAACAUCCGGCAAGACAACAUUGAUGAUGUGACUGUGAUUUGGAAGAAGUCAAAACAAGAUCUAUCAUUGAGAAGACUCCAUAUCUACUAUUUGUUAGACUUGUCAAUGAACCAACUUUCUGGUGAAAUUCCAGCUUCCUUAGGCAAUUUGAAAGCUCUAAAGCAUCUCAACAUCUCACACAACAACCUUUAUGGGAGGUUACCAACAGGUCUUGGUUGUUUAGAGAACCUAGAGAGUUUGGACUUAUCACACAAUAAUUUAUCAGGCUCAAUUCCGCAAUCACUAGCAAAAUUGCAACAACUAACAAUUCUGGAUGUCAGUAACAACAAGCUCACAGGUAAGAUUCCAAUUGGUAACCAAAUGGAUACAAUGGAUGUUCCAAGUUUUUAUGCCAACAACAGUGGUUUGUGCGGAAUGCAAAUUCGAGUGUCAUGUCCAGAAGAUUUGCCACCAACAAAACCACCAAGGGUUGAAAAUAAGGAAACAUGGUUCUCAUGGGAAGGACUGGGAAUUGGAUACGCAAUUGGCUUCUUUGUAACAGUGGGAAUUCUAUAUCUUACUGAUAGUUUUGUCCCCACAAAACCUCCAAAUUACCGCCGUCAACAAAGAAGGCAAAGAGUAUAAAUGUCAAGUCUCUUACAAGUUAUGCAUGCAGUGGUCAAAGAUCUAAAUCUCAGCAUUGUAAAGAGCAGCUAGAUCUGCUCUUUUCUCUAGGAUCUCUUUUUUCUUCAAUAAAGAUAAUCUUCCCCCUGCCUUGUUGGCUGCUUGUAAGGAUGAUUAUCCCCCUUGUAUUUUCAGUUUUUAACUAAUGCAUUGUAGAUUAUCCAAAGAAAAAAAAAAGGCUUUCAAUCAAGCAAAUGGUGACAAGUAGUCAUUUAUAAGUAUCAGCAAGUAAGUUGGCUUGUAAGGCUACAAUUUAUCAUAUCUAGAGGGAUUAAAAAACAAAAAGCAUUCUCAAUGCUAAAAUGAGAGGUGAAGUGGAGUUUGUGAAAGGUAUUACUUCUGUAACAGCUAGAUUAGCAACUAAAACUAAGGUUAAGAACAAUGCUCAAUGAAAGAUGUUAUGCU